AGAGAGUCGGACUUCCAACAUGUAAACAGCUUUGGAUUAACCAAUAGGAGAACGCUUAAUCGAACACGUGAUUGCUGUUAAGCCAAUGAAAUCACACAAGGAAGCGCUGCAGAUGGAUAAGGCAUGCACCAAUAUCAAGUUGGCGUUAAGUUAAUAUAGACAUUUCUUAAAUUACCUAACCGGUUAGAAGUAUUUUUUGCAACCCUAAAUAGUUGUUACUGACAAACUGUGUUGUUAGCGUGUUCUUAUUUAUAAUUUGACGUCCAGCGCCGCGUUUGACAUGUGUAACUCAUUUCAAGAUGCAAGAACUCAUCAGCUAUUAGUUCAAAAACUGACCAUUUUACUGAACCAACCUACUGCUGUUAUAUAUAUCUAACGUCUGAAAAUGAAGAAUGUGGAAGAAACAUGCUGUGUUGUCACAGUAUCCGAGAAGCCACUCAUUCUCACAUCUGGAUCUCAGAAUAAAGAAAUGAGCGGUAGUGGAGUGUUUCUGAAUUACCAGUCUGGGAUUGUAGUCUGCAGUGGCAGUUUGUUCUCACGCUUUAUCAAUGAUAAACAGUUCAUGAAGAAACACGCGAAAAUACUGCAUUCUGAAAGGUUCGCUAAAAAGAUAAAAGUGAAUGUAGAUUACAUUCACGUUUGCACCAACCAGUCGUGUGAAACGGACAGAGGCAAUGCGAACCGUCAAGAGGCUCAGCUGUUAAUGAUGAUCAAUUGUGUGGAGUUUCAAGAUGCUUUUCUUAAGAUCUUCCAGGGGGCUGAUAACUGGGGGUUUCAUAGUGGCAAUUUGGAUACUGAAGUUCUGGAAGACUCCAGGUUUUUAAGUUGGUUUGCACUUUUAAAAGUGCCCACUUCUUCCACGUGCACCUGUAAGGAAACUAUUCCAUGGGUGAAGAGUGGCAGUCUUAAAAAAGGAUGUCCUGUCAUGGCUUGUGGGUCUCCAUUUGGUGGUCUCUGUCCAGACCUCUUUAUGAACACAAUUAGUAAAGGUGUAGUAAGUAAUCUGGCAGGAGAUGAGAAUGCCCUGAUCCUGACUGAUGCACGUUGCUUGCCUGGCACUGAAGGAGGCGGUGUGUUUGUAAGCAAAGGUGGCAGAUCUUACCUUUUGGGUUUGAUCGUUUCACCUCUGUGCUGGAAAUCGGAUGAAUGGAUCGGGCUGACACUUGUGUGCUCGGUUCACCUGAUUCUGAAAAACAUGCUACAGGCUGGAGUCAUCCAGGAGUCACUGAUAGAAAAGUCAUCUCAGUUAAUCACUGGCUCUCUUCAAGCUCCAUUAACUGCAAACCGAAAGCCAAGCUCUGAAUUUUACCCUGGAGUUGCGCUGAUCGAGUCUGGCCAGCUGUGGGGUUCUGGUGUGCUGCUAAACCAGAAUCUGGUUCUCACCUGCAGGCAUGUGGUGAAUGAAAACACUUUGGUUACAGUCAGAGUCAACAAUGGAGGAAGAUUUCGUACAGUAUAUGGUAAGGUGCUGUAUUCAUCAGCACCAUCAUCUCCCUAUGAUAUCGCUGUGGUGGAGCUUCAGGAGCCCCUCGCAGACUCAGUAAAAACACAGUUUACCACAUACUUUCACCCAGGUGAGGAUGUGUUUGUUGUGGGUUAUGGAGCUUUAGGGAGAAGCUGUGGCCCCUCGUUGACCUCAGGGAUUUUAUCCAGAGUUAUUACCCAUCAGUCAAGGCCUGUGAUGCUGCAGACUACAUGUGCAGUGCAGUCUGGAGCCAGCGGUGGAGCUGUGGUUCGAUCUGCCACUGGGGAACUUUUAGGUAUCGUGUCAAGCAACACAAGAGACUUUGCAGCAAAAGUGACAUAUCCCCACCUGAACUUCAGCAUCCCAGUGACUGUUCUAGAGCCCCUGCUGAGACGUUUUUCUCAAACUGGAGAUGCUGCUGUGUUUAAGGUCUUAGACAGUGCAGAGGAUGAUAUCAAGAAGAUAUGGAGACUACAAAGCAUUCAAAGCAAGCUUUGAUCAGUCUCCAAACAUUUCUGUGAGAUUUCUUUAAACGUUGAACAAAAAUCCUGCUUAAUUUCCUUGAACUGAUUUUUUUUAAAGGAUUAGAUCACUUCAAGAACAAAAAAUUACAGAUAAUGUACUCACCCCCUUGUCAUCCAAGAUGUUCAUGUCUUUCUUUCUUCAGUCGUAAAGAAAUUAUGUUGUUUAAGGAAAACAUUUUAGAAUUCCUCUCCAUAUAAUAAACUUCAUAUUUAAGUAUAAAUAUAUAAGACAUGAACAUGACAAGGGGGUGAGUACAUUAUCUGUAAAUUUUUGUUCUGGAAGUGAACUACUCCUUUAAUAAUCAGAUACAUGCAAGUAAACAUAAUGACUGGUCAAAACAUUUUCUUUCCAGCAUUCUGUAUCAUGUCAUAUAACUCUACAUUUACAAUGAUUUAGGAUUAAAAAAAUAAUAAUUUAUCAUACAUUCUUAAAGGUGAAGUCCACUUCCAAAACAAAGAUUCACAUAUAAUGUACUCACCCCAUUGUCAUCCAAGAUGUUCAUGUCUUUCUUCAGUCAUAAAGAAAUUGUUUUUUGAGGAAAACAUUUCAGGAUUUUUCUUCUAUAAUGGACUGAUAUGAUGCCCCGAUUUUGAACUUCCAAAAUGCAGUUUAAAUGCGGCUUCAAAAGAUCCCAAAUGCGGUUGUAAACGAUCCCAGCCGAGAAAGAAGAGUCUUAUCUAGCGUAACGAUCGGUUAUUUUUAUAAAAAUAAUACAGUUUAUAUACUUUUUAAAUGUUAAACACUCGUCUAGUCUUACUUUGCCUAAGCUGUUUUUGUUCCAGUUCAUGAUAGUUAGGGUAUGUUGAAAAACUCCCAUCUCAUGUUCUCCCUCAACUUCAAAAUCGCCCUAUAUCGCUGUUUUACCUUUUUUGUUAAGGGUGUUUGAUCUGCUUUCCAUGUUUACUUUGCAAAGACUGUGUCGGUACUUCAGUGAUGUAGGAUGAUUUUGAUUUUUGAAGUUGAGGGAGAAAAUAUGAUUGGAGUUUGGAUUGGAGUUCAACGAGUAAGGCAAGACGAGCAUUUGAGAAUAAAAAGUAUUUAAAUUGUAUUUUUUUUAAUGAAAAUAACCGAUCGUUUACAACCGCAUUGGGAUCGUUUGAAGCCGCAUUUAAACUGCCUUU